AUAUAACGCAAGUAACGUUGUUUUACAAUCAAAUCGCACUUUUGAAUUAGUCAGUCAACGAGUGGCUGUGCCCGCGCGCAACGGUUACAAUUUGAACAAUGGAUUCGAAAAUCCUCAUUAUUUUGACUUUGACUUUAGUCGCUAUCGGUCAAUGCAAAUUGGUACGGUUGUCGUGUAAACAGAUACGUACUUUAGUGGAUGGCCACAACUCCCGGCGUCUCCUAGUAGCCAAAGGGCUGAUUCAAGAUCAACCUGCUGCUGCGGACAUGAAAGUGCUGACAUGGGAUGAAGAGUUGGCUGCAAAAGCGGAAAAAUGGGUAAUGAAAAACGUUAGAUACCACAAUCCGGACAAGUAUUUACCUUCUGGCAGAUUUAAGACGGGUGAGAACUUGCAUUGGUACUCAACAACCAAUCUCAAUUACGAGUUGGACCUUGAAAGGAGUCUGGAUUCCUGGUUUUCCGAACACGUCAACUUCACUUUCGGCCCUCUAACAAACAGCCAGUUUGAUGCCAAGAGAAAAUGUGACAUUGGACAUUACACUCAGAUGGUGUGGGCAGAAACCACUUACAUAGGUUGUGCUAUGUCGCAAACGUUCAAGGAUGGGUGGAACAGAUUCUACGUCGUGUGUAACUACGGGCCGGCAGGAAAUAUUCUACGAGAAAAGCCGUACCGAGUGAGUGGAGGUCCGGCUGGAAAAUUAACAUGUGGCACCAAGGACUGUUCUAAACCAUAUGGACCGAAUUGUAAAAAAUAAUAAUACCUACAACAAGUCGACUACCAAAGAAUGAAAUAACUAGGCAAUGUAUUUAUUUAGCGUUUAAUUGUAAGGAACUUGAUGGAAUUGUAUAGAAGUAACUCUAUUUCUAUAAUAACUUUGAAUAAGUAACAAUUUUAUCAUUGUAAUAUUUUAUUUAUCAUUUAUAUUUAACUGAAAGUCGAAUAAAGCAUGUUCGAAAGAA